UAUCUCAGUUAAUUAGUUAUAGCCUAUGACAACCAUUCCGUGCUGCUUAUUAUCGUAUUUAUCUUCAUUAUGUUAGAAUAUCCGAUUAUUUUAUACUAAUUUGUGGUAGAAAAAGUAUUCAAUAGUAAAAAAAAAAAAUUGUGGAAAAACUAAAAGUAGUUAAUUAUCUAUAAAAUGAUUUAUAAAAUUGUUCUUAUUUGCAUAACAUUACAAGUGACUAUUACUCGAGCUAAUGAAGAAGAUAUUCAGCUGACGCUUCCGAAAAAUAACUCAGAAGUUGAGUAUUUUGUGCAGAAAGGAAUUAAUAAAUUUUUUGAUUACCUCCAAGAAAAUUUUUUUAAAAAUGAGACGACUAAGAUGAAUAACUCAACAAUAGUUAAAGAAGUAAACAAUAGUCUUCUCAAAAUUGUUGGGAAAGAAAGGCAGUAUCAUAUAAAUGUGAAGUAUCCUGUAAAAAAGGAAGUGUUAGAUGAGCAGUAUCGCUUCGCAAAUCCAUAUUACGAUUGUGUGAUUGAUGUUAAGACAAUGGCUGAUGAACCUAUUGAAAUUUGUUGCUACUAUUACUAUGACGCGACCUGCUUCUCAUACUAUUGUACACAGAGACCGCAUAUGGUUACAACUUGCGAUCAGAAGACUGUUUUAAUAGAAAGACAAAAUUAAAAGAUAGAUGGCGCUCUAAUAUGUUAAGAAAAUAUUACAAAAAUAAAAUACAAUUUUAAUGAAAAUAAAAAAAA